AUGCUUCUUAUUAAACACUGUCCAAUUGCGGAAGAGUGUAUGUGGACAAAUGCUGUCUUCCAAGAUUCUCUAGCAAAGCAGUCUUCAGUAUCUCGUGGUUCUUGGGAGGUUACUAGCAUUGAAUUCAUUCAUGCCUUUGUAGCUUCAUUAUCUGUCAUCAUUGUUUCCGAACUGGGCGACAAGACAUUUUUUAUUGCAGCCAUUAUGUCAAUGAGGCAUGCUAGAUUGGUUGUGUUUACAGGGGCAAUGUUCGCCCUUGGCUUGAUGACAAUUCUUUCAGCAGUCCUAGGUUAUGCAACAACUGUCAUUCCGAGGAAAUACACUCUGUAUAUAUCAACUGCACUGUUCGUAUUUUUCGGUCUUAAGAUGUUGAAGGAAGGUUAUGAUAUGGAUCCUAAUGAAGGCCAGGAAGAAUUAGAGGAAGUUCAAGCAGAACUUAAAAAGAAAGAAGCUGAAAUGGCAAAAGAUGAUUCAUCUACCAUUACUCAAGAUGUGGAAACUGGUAUCAUUCGUGGUGGGAAAAAACCUGCAAAGCUCUUUGGUCUUCUUUCACCUAUAUUACUACAAGCAUUCACACUAACUUUCCUUGCUGAGUGGGGUGAUAGAUCACAGCUAGCUACCAUAUUGCUUGCAUCUAGAGAGAAUGUAGUGGGUGUGACUAUCGGUGGAACAUUAGGACAUGCCUUAUGUACUGGACUUGCUGUUAUUGGUGGUAGAUUAAUUGCACAGAGAAUAUCUGUCAGAACAGUGACGAUCAUAGGUGGAAUUGUCUUUUUGAUAUUUGCAUUAACAGCCUUUUUCAUUGAAGAGUAAACCAGGAGCAACCAACAAAUGAAGACCAAAGGUUCACACGUGUACGACGACCCUGAAAUACACUGUUGUAGCAAGGAGUAGAACUUCUGUACCACUGUGUGUGCAAAGAUAUAUAUAUAACAAUGACAUGCUUCAAUUUGACAUUGCCUGCAUCAUUGGACAAUGUGUCUUGUCCUUAAAUUCAUGAGGAGAUUUACAAAUAGAAGAACAAUCGGAAUACAAUCUUGUUUUGUUGACUGGAUGAUUACAAGGGAUACAUGAUCAGUAUAAUCUUGAGAAAUAUUUAAGAACUCCACCAACUCAGUUCAAGAAAUCAUUACAUUAUGUGAGCUCUGAUUCCUUUAAGAAAUGACGUACACUGACAGUUUGAAAACGUUUGGGAAUAUGACAAUGAUUGUCACCUCAGGAGUAGAGAAUUUAACACUUGCCGAGAGCAAGGCCCUAGUCAAGACCUUGGAUGCAAGUCUUGAUGUUUUAUUUUGUUAGCUCAAAUAGCCUGUAAAUGCAGUUGGAUUUCUACUUGUUGCAUAUUUUUUUCAGGUGGAACAACAAGUGAACAUCCAUCUACAUUCAUGGAAUGUGAAACUAGUUCAAACUGUAAUCCCAAGGUGCAAUCUUACUUGCAUUGAGAAUUCUCCAGGUCACAUAUAAUUAGAAAUGGGUGAACUAUUCCUCUUAGCAAAUAAUAUAGACUUGCAUAAAUCCAGAAUGGUUUUGAUUCACUGUUUGAAACUUCAAAACAUCAUUCUUUAAAACUUACUUUGUUAUCACUUAUUACACAGAGAAUACUCCUCAAAAGUUCUGGAAUGGUACAGAUUGUAUUGGGCAACCUGUAUUUGCAUAAUUUAAAUUAUAUGGUAAUGGUCACAUGAGUAUUUGCUUGAAGUUUCAAAAUUUGAAAAACAAAAUAGUGCAGCUCUGUACUUAUGAAAGUUGUUCUGACCCAUUCAUGUCAGUGAAUGUUUAACCAUUGACUGCAAGUUUUUGAUUUGUUUAUUGAAGACUAAGCAAACCAUAUUGUAUAUAUAGAUAAAUACAAUAAAUUAUUUAUAAAAGUGAGUAGAGGACCAAAAUACCCGGUUUUAAAACCCUUUGAAGCCAUGACGUAAUUUUUCUCAAAUAAAUACAAGUAUACACGUACAUGGCUGAGUCCAUGUGCAGUGAUUCUCACAGUGAAAAUUUGUCAGUUGAAGGAAAAUACCGGUACUUGUGUUGUUUUUUAGGCUCUUUUUGAAACAUUACAUGGUGUCCAGGCUUCUGGGACUAAAAAAAGAAACCAUUUUCAUUCAUCCCUCAAUCACUCCAUGUCUAAUUUUGUUUUAUUCCCCUAAGCUUUGGCACCAUUUUAGAAUUUUUAGGAUCAGGCAGUCUUGUUCCAUGCUAGCCUCCUACACAGAUGCUCCUUGGGCUCAUCAAGCAAUCUUCCUCCCCCAAAAGGUUGUGUGACAUGCCCAAAGAGUGUCUGCAUAGGUGGCCAGUUCCAGACUCUCAGGAUGUUUGAAUCAGACAACACAAGAUUAUGCAGUGUGGCCUGCCCUUCUUUCAUUUUUUGUUCAAACAGUUUGGGCAUUUUUUUUUUUUGCAACCCACAAUCUGCAAACCAAUCUUAACAAUAAUAAUACCACAUUUCUUCAGUGGCCAGUGGAGCACAGUUCUGUUGUGUUUAAGAGAAUAGUAAUAAUAAUCUGUACGAUACUAUCCUGUAUGUGUUUUAAGAGCAAUUAAAGAUGAUUGAUAAACCUAUAAAUUUGCUGGUAUUGAUAAAAAGCUGCCAAGGACAGACUGAGUUAAAUAUUUGGACUCUGUGAGACACAUUUAUUUGAGUGGGUUAGACUCGAGAGGCUGCAAAAUCACAGAAUCUU